AUGUGGAACCCCCUUUCAUGGGUGAUGGAAAUGGCUGCCAUCAUGGCCAUUGCCUUGGCCAUCGGCAGUGGAAAACCCCCAGACUGGCAAGACUUUGUCGGUAUUGUAGUGCUGCUCGUGAUAAACUCCACCAUCAGUUUCAUUGAAGAAAACAAUGCUGACAAUGUUGCUGCUGUGCUGCAGCUCUUAUGGCUGGCCUGGCUCAAAAAACGAAGGUGCUCAGAGAGUCAGAGUGGUAAGAUUGUAUUUGUUUUGCCCUUUUUUGAAAGAGUGUGUUUUGAAGGACCCUUAGAAUUUGUGAGACAUUGAGGUUGCCUUAUGAUUCAUGAUGUUGUAAUCGGUGGUUUCUUUUCCAUUUGCAAGUAGUCGAGCAUUGGUAUUUGGUAUUUAGGACGAGCUUAGAAAAUGGGUUCAAUGUUUUGGUUAUGCAA